GCCGCGGGCUGGGCGGGGCGCCGAGGAUCACGAGUGCGCGAGCGCGGGCGGCCAGCUGAGCUGCGGCCCCGACUCUUCUCCGCGGGUGCGCGGCCAUGCUACGGAAGUGGAUCCUCUCUCGGCUUCUGGUGCCGCUCCUGCUCGGCCCAGGCCUCGUGCACAGCUCCAGCCCUCUGCCCCUGGUCCUCAACACUUGGCCUUUUAGGAAUGCAACCGAAGCAGCGUGGAGGACAUUAGCAUCUGGAGGUUCUACCCUGGAUGCAGUUGAGCAGGGCUGUGCCGUGUGUGAGAGGGAGCAAUGUGACGGCACUGUGGGCUUUGGAGGGAGUCCCGAUGAGCUUGGAGAAACCACACUGGACGCCAUGAUCAUGGACGGCACUACUAUGAACGUAGGAGCGGUAGGAGAUCUCAGGCGAAUUAAAAACGCAAUCGGUGUGGCUCGGAAAGUGCUAGAACAUACAGCACACACGCUGUUAGUGGGAGAGUCAGCCACCAAGUUUGCUGAAAGUAUGGGGUUUAUCAGUGAGGACUUAUCUACCAAUACUUCUCGAGCCCUUCAUUCAGAUUGGCUUGCUCGGAAUUGCCAGCCAAAUUACUGGAGGAAUGUUGUACCAGAUGCUUCAAAAUACUGUGGACCUUACAAACCACAUAGUAUCUUAAAGCAAGAAGGUCCUUCCCAUAAAGAAACAGGAAAUAACCACGGUCAUGAUACAAUUGGCAUGGUUGUAGUCCAUAAGAUGGGACGUACUGCUGCUGGUACAUCUACAAAUGGUUUAAAAUUCAAAAUACCUGGUCGAGUAGGAGAUUCGCCAAUACCUGGAGCUGGCGCCUAUGCGGAUGACAGCGCGGGAACGGCUGCAGCCACUGGCGAUGGGGAUAUACUGAUGCGUUUUCUGCCCAGCUACCAAGCUGUAGAAUAUAUGAGAAGAGGAGAAGAUCCAACCAUAGCUUGCCAGAAAGUGAUUUCCAGAAUUCAGAAGUAUUUUCCAAACUUCUUUGGGGCUGUUAUAUGUGCCAAUGUGACUGGAAGUUAUGGACUCCUUGGCCCCUGAUCCUGUUUUGCCUCCACAUGGCUGCUCAGAACUGUGCACCAACACAGAGCUGCGUGUCAGCUCAUCUCUGCCAACGGCGGCAUUCAUAUACACCUCCAGACUCUCCUACCUCCUCCCCACUGCAUCUCCCCCACAAGAAAAGAAACCCAGGGCAGGAAGAACAUCACUGAAACGUGUUCCUGAGCCCACCUACUUAUGGUGUGAAAUUUUACUUACGGGUGACUGAUUUAUUUCUCAGUCGCUGUCUAUUAUUCAAAAACUGGCUUCUCAUACCCUCUUAUUUUUUAAGACCUUUUCAAGAGCUUACAAGCCACGGUGAUCAACUAAACACGGGCUUAUUUCCUUUCCCUCGACUACUUUCAAAUGACUUAAAAAUGAAGAAGAAUCAAAAUAAGCCCACAACAUCAAAAAAAAAAAAAAAA